ACCUUGGUCAAUUUCUUCAAUGACACAUGUGAUACAUCUACAACAUCAUACAUCUGUCCUCCUCAGUAUAUGUGUGCCACUAAUGUAAUAUCCCUAAAAGAACCUUUGAAAUAUGAGAAGUCACCAGAAGUAAAUGAAUAAGACUUUUCUACCUUUUCUACCAACAUUUCUCUCAGUUAAUGUUUUGGUUCAAACUCCAUAGCCUGGUACAGGCAGACGCUUCCCACGAGUCUCCCUGAGGUUCUCUGUACAUUUUAUGGAGGCCUUGAGCAGUAGCCUGACAACCGGGGAACAAUCCGGAGGUCAAGAACAUAGUGAACAAGAUUCUCCCCAUGUGCAAACUCCAUCUCCUUCAAAGCCGCAGCAAAGUGACUGUUCGAAAAGUUCUCAUGGAGCACCCCAGCAGUCCAAACAAUCUAAAAGACAGUUACCUGAACGCAAACGUCUCAGGGCUCAGCGGCAGAGCAUUGACUCGGACACUAUCCCCGAACACAAACAGAAAGAAACCAAAACACUUUCAGAAAACUCCCCUGCGACCACACCUGGUGCCAACUCAUCCAAAGCAGAAACACAAGAGGGUACCCCUAAACAGAAACGCGAGCGUAAACCCCAGAAACCUGGUAAAUAUGUGUGCACAUACUGUGGCCGCGCCUGUGCCAAGCCUAGUGUCCUGCAGAAGCAUAUUCGGUCGCACACAGGAGAGCGGCCCUACCCCUGCCCUCCAUGUGGUUUCUCCUUUAAGACUAAGAGUAACCUUUACAAACACCGCAAAUCACAUACGCACAGGGUGAAGGCAGGGCUCACUGUGGGGGACAGUAGACCCUCAGAGGAACAAAUCACAGAGUCAGAAGAUGAAGCCAGACAUCUACCAUCAGCGUCUACUAUUCCGUCAAUCAAAAACCUCGAAACAAACCAGGUCAAAGAUACUACUACUACUGCAAUGGAUAAUUCAUAUGCUGUACGGAAGAGACUGGCCAUGCGCCUUAGUAGAGGAAGAGUAGAGACUCCCAAAGACACAACUGAUGACAAGAACCUGUCUCUGAUAUUAGGCAGUAAAGAAAGCACUGAAUCAGGCUACUUUUCCCGUUCUGAAAGUACUGAACAGGACAUCUAUCCAAACACAAGUGCCAAAAGUUAUGCAGAAAUCAUUCUUGGCAAAUAUGGACGUCUUGGACACCUACAAAGGAUGUCUCGUCAGAAUAACCAGCAGUCCCCAAGUCAGGAGGACAAAGGUGUGCCAUUCACAGUGCCCAAGAAGCAAGUCAUCGACCAUAUCACCAAACUCAUUACUAUCAAUGAGGCAGUAGUGGACACCAGUAAAAUUGACAGUGUAAAGCCAAGGAGGUUUUCAUUGUCAAGAAAGAAUUCAGACCCUCAAAAGAGUUCACCUCCAAAAGAACCCCUUCUCCAGGUCCCCAAAGCUGCAGAGUUCCUCUAUAAGAGCAGCGGGUCAAUCACUAUGGGAGUACCAUGUGAGAAAUUCCAACACCAUUCACCAAAUGUGCAUCAACCUGGUCAAACAUCUGCCCCUCUGUUAAGAAGCCACUCAAUGCCAACUGGAGCUACUUCUACUGAUGUUGCUCCUGUGGCCGCAAAUAAAUUCCGUCUCAGCCAGUCUUUUGAUGAAAGAGAACCUUCUCAAUCACAGGUACCUCGCCGAUAUGGAAUGCUGAGAAGGCAACCAGCAAUCGAUGGCGAUUCCGAAGGUCCUCACUCAUUUUUCAGUGAUUCUCUGACUACUGUGCCUGACCACAGUCAGAGUCAACCCCAGCCGUAUGAAUGUGAGACCUGUGGCACAGGCUGCAAGGAUUGGGAAGGCUAUAAAAAACAUCGACAAACCUUGUGUUUAGUGCAUCGCCCCAGAAAUGAGGUGGUCAUUAGUCAGAUGGAAUGCUCCCAGAUAAUGACCCAGUCAGCCAGACCAGGGGCAUUGGCGCUGCGCAAGAGAAGAAAAGCCGAAAGUUUUGAGCUUGAAGACCCUGCAUCGCCUACAGCUCUUUCCUCCUGUCCUGAAUCUGAACAGUGUAACUUUACAAGCAAUGCAGGCUAUGAGAUCCCCAGAAGACCCACACAAACCUGUUCUGUGAUUCAACAUACAAGUUCAUUUGAAAAGCAAGAAUCUCUGUCAGACAGUCAAAGCACUGAACCAACAAAAGAUCCUCCAAUUCAGAGAGAUUCAGAUAUUUUACAGAAGCAAUCAGAAUUGUCAGGAAAAGUUUUGAGUCGAAAACUGGUGCGUCAACACAGCGUUCAGGUGCCCGAAAUACUGGUCACAGAGGACUCUCACACAAACCCUGAAAAUGUCCCUUCAGCACCUGCAAAACCUUCAGAAAGGUCUGAGGAGUUCCAGUGGCCACAGAGAAGCUCUUCACUUGCCCAACUUCCUAUUGAAAAACUUCCUCCAAAGAAGAAACGUUUGAGAUUGGCUGAGGCUGCCCAAUCUUCAGGAGAAUCCAGUUUUGAGUCCAUUUCUUUACCACACAGUCCCAGUCAGGAGAGUAGUGCAUCAUAUGCUUCUAGUCGUUCCACAUCCUUUGAGGAGUCAAACAGACUUGAGUCAGAAACCUUAACGUCUCCAAGAAGGUCGAGAGCUCCUCAAAUGUUAACAGUGCCUGGUGUCCACCCCCAUCGUGAGAUGAGGCGCUCAGCCUCUGAACAAGCACCUCAUGACCUACAGCCACAGAAUGUUACUAUGUCAGAGACCCGUAGUAAGUCGUUUGACUACAGCAGUCUAUCCCCUGAACGCUCUGCACUUGGGUGGAGAGAAAGGCGAAAAUGUCUUUUAAUUAGGCACACUGCUGUCACAGAUCCAGAUGAAGAGGACCUGCCAUCCUCAUCUGUCCAUACUUCAGAAAAAGUGAGCUUUAGCCCUCAAACAACCUCUGUGUACUGUAGCAAGUCCCCUGGCUCACCCUUACAGGGUGAAACCAUAUCACAAUACUCUAAAAGCAUAGAGAUUGUCCAUCAGUGGAAGCAACAAAAUGUACAGUUAACACAAAACUCAGAACAACUUAAUAAAGUAGUGGGGUGUGAUAAUCCUUUCAAAGAGGAGGCCUUAAAGGUUUGUACAGAUCCUCUCUCUUCCCUGACCCCAAACCCUACACAGGGACUGUCAGGAGCAGCCAGAGCCCACUACUUGCCUGUCUCAACAGGGCUGAAGCUGGAGAUCCCCCCAGGACCCCGACAGUCUUUAGUGGUUUCUCACAGCCACAUGCCUCACUCCAGCGUACCACAGAUCAUAUCCAGUGUGGAGCGUGUGCGACCCAUAACCUCCGCAGCAGUAGUGGUGCGUUUCCAGACACACACCCUAACCCCUGCAUGCGCCAUCUAUACCACCCUGUCCCAGGCCGCCUCCCCCAAACCUUUGGAAGCGGUCGAUGCAGCAGUGCCACACUCUAUCGAUCAGUCCGCUGUUGACUGUCUAAACUAUGGAAGAGCAAGUCCUGAGCUCCCGGAUUGGUCUGGAGAACUGAGAACCUCAGGUUCAGGAGGCAACAAACGCGUGCUCUCUCCUUCUAAUAGCAUUGAAUUAUCUCCAGAAUCACAGCAACAACAGAAAAGAGUGAAAGAGGAUGAAGUGCAUGACACUCAAGAACUCAAUCCAGAACCUCCAUCUUGCCGAACCAGUGAAUGCCCCCCAGUCUCCCAAGCCGGACCUCCUUACCCUACUUUAUUGUCUAGUACCUGUAACAGCUGGUGCUAUUUGAACUAUGUAAAACCAAACCCUGCAGCUCUCGACGAAGAGAAGCCCUCAGUGUAUUCUUCUUGGUCGACCAGUGGCUAUGACCCCAACCCCCCAGGACUGUCCAGCAAGACAGCCCUGUCUCUGGUGCACUGUAAGCAAAGGCUCAGCCCAACCAUCUACACUACCUCUUCCAUGUCUGCUCCAAGUGACGAGGCAAAGGAGGAACACAGACCCAGGUCACCAGAGAUUUACCUCAAGACAGCGUGUACAGAUCACAGCAAAGAACAUCAGCCAGUCACCGUGGACAACUUAAACAAGCCACCUGAGGAGAAGAUAGUAGAGGAAACAAGGAUGGCUAAAAUAAGAUCAAAUGAAAAGUGCGGCCGUGGACCAAAGGAGAGCCCAGUCGACCAUAAAGACUCCAGUGUGCAGCCGGGGAGCACCCGAGACUCAGGUGCCCAGGAUACAUACAGUAUACACUCCAGUACAGCUGUCACAUCAGGAGGUGAGGGAUGGACAUCAGCGAGGUUUAAAACCAGACUCAAACGAGCUCAUGUGAGUGUUAUUUGA